AUGACGAGAUCUAUUUGUGUGCCACGACUCUGCGGACUUUGCCGCUUUGAACUCCAGUACGGAGAUGACAUAGUGGCAGUACGGCGAUCCGAUAGGGAUAUUUCUCCAUCGUACAAGUAUAGUAUCGGUGGUUUUAUCGAUAGCACUCUGGAUGUCGAUUAUGUAAAGUGUCGUGGACGAUGCAACCAUGAUGAGCAACGGAUUGGGUGCCAUGUUAUCUGCGUCGAAGUUACGUCUCCGGAAACAUUCACGAAUAUUCUUGAUGUUGCAGCACAUGCAUUCGAGCCUCCAGCAAUUGCGGAUAUACGGCGUAUUCGCUGGUUCCAGUCCUAUUUAGCCGAUCUCCUUCAAACAGCUGAUUGCCGCAUCUCAGAUUUGCCCAGAGAAGUCUUUUCUGACAUCGCUGCCUGGGCUUUUGAUGAUCGAUCGACGUGUCACCGCUUGGCCGUCUACUUUGCCAACCAAACAUGUGCCAAGACCGAGGGCAACGCUUCUAUCCAGAUUUCGGAGAAGGUCUAUGCUAGGCACGUUGAAUUCGAAGGUGAACACGCCCGGUGGCAACCAAGAUUCCUUUUGUUUGAUCCAAGCCUCUCGACAUCUAUCAACAGCUUGUACAUUGCAAGCGACCAUCUCGGUAUCCGUUGCGUGGUCUUCGUCGACUCAUCGAAACCAUGUACGAUUGAAGAAGAAAUUGGCCUAUGGUGGCAAGCCGUUAAAUUGGAAGACAUUGGCGGCCUCAUUCAGAUCCGCAGUGACGGUUUAAAACUGCGUGAGCUUGUCGACGAUACAAUAGUGUCGCAAAAUAUCUACUGGGGUCUCCCGUAUCUCUCGUCCGUGUGUAGCCGAUUCGAAGAAAUCUGUGAUGCAGAACCAAGCAAUCACAUGUCUGUAGUAUCUUGCAACGAUCCACAGACUACAGCCUACUCACUUUGUUGGAAUUGGGAGAUUCUGAUGCUCCAUGCGCACCGUGUCGGAGAGAGUCUCGACUUUUAUCAGGCCUUACGGACGAUGGAUGAAGCUGCGAUAUGGCUUUACACGCCACUUCACGAAGGCGAAGUACUGACGCAAAUUUGGAAAUUCGAGGGCGAGCUGAGGACUGCAAUUGGCUUACUACUCGUAACGGAUCAAGGACGUUCCACCUUUCUAGGAGUGCAGCCACGGCCAAACUGGGCCGAUCUAACCACAAGUCACAUUUACGCUGAGACGACGGCUUGUGGCGCUUACGACGUGGUUGAGUUUGUCCCAUGCCAUCGCCAACGCAUGGGCAAACCAAUCAUUAUUGGACUUCUCCUUCGCUAUGCCGACGGAACCUCAGCCUGUGUUGGUCAAAUCCGACUUGACUGCUUACAAAGAGCUACGACUGUCGACCCGAAUUCUACGCUGUGGGAGCGCCAUCUUGGCCAAAGAACAACCAAUCGUACCAGCUUGCGAAAGUUGGUUUGA